GAAACACGAAUGAAGCAACGAUAAAGUGCUUUUUACUGUACUUUUUGAGCGCAGGAGAAGCAGGUGAUAAAACCAAUCCAACAAUUGUGCACUGCUGUCGUCACAUCAAUAGUUGAUAUAGUUUUGAAGUGAAAAACCAGGCGUGAAAGUCUCUCCUUAACCACGGUAUGACCUCUCCAGCUCACAGUACAGCCACCGAGGCUUCAUGGACUGCUGGAGCCGCAGACCUGCAGAUGACCGAGGCUCUGCACCUGCGGAAUGACAGCGUGCGCUUUCCCUCCUCGGUGGCCGCGGAGCCGGCGGUGAUCACGCAGCGCCCGCCGUCUCACCUCCAUCCCCGCAUGUCCGUGUACAGCGCCACACGCCCCACACUCUCCAGGUCCUUCCUUCAAGGACGUGUUUAUAAUUUCUUGGAGAGACCCACGGGUUGGAAAUGCUUUGUGUAUCAUUUUACAGUAUUCCUCAUUGUGCUUUCCUGCCUGAUCCUCAGUGUGCUAUCCACCAUCGACGAGUAUCAAGCACUGGCUAAUAAAACGCUAUUCUGGAUGGAAUUAGUGCUGGUAAUGUUCUUUGGUGUGGAGUACGUGGUCCGUCUGUGGUCAGCUGGAUGCCGGAGUAAAUAUGUGGGAAUUCUGGGCAGGCUUCGCUUUGCCCGAAAGCCAAUUUCUGUUAUUGACCUGAUUGUGGUUGUGGCAUCCAUUAUAGUAUUGGCAUUCGGUUCUAAUGGCCAGGUAUUCGCUACCUCUGCUGUCAGAGGAGUCCGCUUCCUUCAAAUUCUGCGAAUGCUGCAUGUGGAUCGACAGGGAGGAACAUGGCGGUUGCUUGGAUCAGUAGUCUUUAUACAUCGGCAGGAACUGAUUACAACUCUCUAUAUUGGAUUCCUGGGACUCAUCUUCUCCUCCUACUUUGUGUAUCUGGCGGAGAAGGAUGCGGUGGAUGACCGCGGUAACUCUGGGUUCGGUAGCUACGCCGAUGCUCUGUGGUGGGGUGUGGUAACAGUAACCACUAUUGGCUACGGAGACAAGGUUCCUCAGACUUGGAUAGGAAAGACUAUUGCAUCAUGUUUCUCUGUCUUCGCUAUCUCCUUUUUUGCCCUCCCUGCAGGAAUCCUGGGCUCCGGUUUUGCUCUGAAGGUACAGCAGAAACAGAGACAAAAACAUUUCAACAGGCAAAUUCCUGCAGCUGCGAGCCUCAUACAGGCGUCCUGGAGGUGUUUCGCCUUGCUGAACCCUGAUUCUGCCACAUACAAGUUAUUUGUGAAACGAAAUCUCAGCAGUUCAGGGUCUAGCCCUAAAUUAAAGGUGAAGAUGAGGAGGAAAAUGAAGAUUAGUGACCGGAAUAAUGGGCAGAAUUCUCCUGUAGUACCUUCCAUAACCUAUGACUCCUUUGAUGACGGGAGAGACAGCAGGCAAGAUACACUGACCAGUAUUCAACAGUCAGAACGGGCGCCGUCCUGGAACUCUCUGUCCUCGUUCCAGUGCUCCACACCUCCAGUGACGAAGCCUGGGGUUUUCGAGGUCUCGUCUCGGCCCACGCUUCAGAGGAGCAGCAGCAUUGCAGAUGAUAUGGAGACUGAGCCGGAGCGAGAGAUUGUGCUCGUUCCAGUCGCUCAUGUGUCUCAGUUGCGGGAUUCUCAUCGAGCAGCCAUCCGUGUGAUCCAGAGAAUGUACUACUUUGUGGCCAGAAAGAAGUUUCAGCAAGCGCGUAAGCCAUAUGAUGUACGGGAUGUCAUUGAGCAGUAUUCACAGGGUCAUCUCAACCUUAUGGUGCGCAUCAAGGAGCUGCAGAGAAGACUGGAUCACUCUUUAGGGAAGCAGUCCCUUUUCCAGACAAGUUCAGAGCGCUUGAAAGACAAAGGCACAAACACUAUUGGCUCCAGACUCAACAGAAUGGAUGAGAAGAUCACACACAUGGACAGGACCCUCAACAGCAUUGCUGAGUCGCUCAACCUCAUGCUGGCGAGGGAGCGACGGGGGGAUCUGGCCAGGGGGAAGGAGCAGCGUAGCACCAUGCGCCGACAGUCAGCCACGUUCAGCCUGUCAGUGCCGGACAGCAGCGAGCAACUGUCCACAACAACUGCUAUUCACGAGGACAGCUGAGUCACCAAAGGAGCUCUUGCUCACAAAGUGCCUACUGGGGCCUUUUCGGCUUGAUUUAGUAGAAGAAAAAAAAAGUUUGGCUCAGGUUCAGCAUCAGAUGACUUUUUAAAUAUAUGACUAAUUCUGUUCAUCAUUAUAUUUGGUCAGACUGCUAAAUUCAUUUUUAAAUACAUUUAUAAAUAUUAGCAUACUGAGUAUGACUUAGAUUUUUUUUAUUUUGAUUAAAUAUAUGAUUGUCUUUUGAUUCUCUGGUGCUGUUUGCGUGGCAGUCAAAAAAGUUUUUUCAAAUAAAUAAAUAAACUGUAUUUUAGUUCAGUAUUUAUUUUUCCUUUUAUAUGUUGUACAAAAGUAUGCAUUACUUAUAAUCCAUUUAUCACAUAUAAAAGACUUUUUGUGCAUAGAUC